CUUAUGGCUGCUCCAGGAAAGGUGGCAGCUUUCCACCUGCCUCCCCUGCCAACUGUUGGAGAGAUUAUUAAACUCUUUCGCCUUAAAGCACAGAAACAACUUUCCCAGAACUUUCUACUGGAUUUGCGAUUGACAGACAAGAUAGUGAAACAAGCUGGGGAGCUGAAAAAUGCCCAUGUUUGCGAAGUGGGCCCUGGGCCAGGAGGAAUUACCAGAUCCAUUCUCAGUGCUGGUGUUGAACAGCUCCUUUUAAUUGAAAAAGAUACUCGAUUUAUUCCAGGAUUGCAGAUGUUGUCUGAAGCAGCUCCAGGAAAAGUGCACAUUGUUCAUGGAGAUAUCCUGACAUACAAGAUGGAGAGGGCUUUUCCAAAGCACUUAAAAAAGAACUGGGAGGAUGAGCCACCAGAUAUACAUAUCAUUGGGAACCUGCCCUUCAGUGUUUCAACUCCUCUAAUCAUCAAAUGGCUUGAAAAUGUUUCCAAAAAGGAUGGACCUUUUGUUUAUGGCAGGACGCAGAUGACAUUGACUUUUCAGAAGGAAGUUGCAGAGAGGCUUACAGCUAAUCCAGGAGGUAAGCAACGUAGCAGACUGUCCAUCAUGGCUCAGCAUCUCUGCACUGUUGAAAACUGUUUUGUAAUUCCAGGUCAAGCCUUUGUUCCAAAGCCGGAGGUGGAUGUGGCUGUGGUGCAUUUUACCCCACUGGUGCAGCCAAAGAUACAGCAGCCAUUCGAGCUAGUGGAAAAAGUGGUUAGAAGCGUUUUUCAGUUUAGAAGAAAAUACUGCUUCCGUGGAAUUGAGAUCUUGUUUCCUGAAAGUGGACGUUUGAAAAGAACAGAACAGCUGAUGAUGACAGCAAAUGUUGAUCCGACUCUGCGUCCUUUUCAGCUCUCCAUGUCACAGUUUAGAAGUCUGUGCGAUACAUACAGAAAAAUGUGUGAUGAAGACCCAAGCCUUUUUCCAUACAACUACAGAGAAGAACUGAGGCAAAAGAAGAAGAUGAGGAAUUGA